UAUAAAAUAAUAUAAUGGGAAAGACUUACUCCAGCCUUAAAUGGAAGUUUAAAGGAGAAACAGCAUACAACGAAUAUGCUUUGCAUCAAGAGACUGAGGAAAAUUAUAUGGAGGCACUAGAUACAGUAUCCAAGCAAUAUUAUUAUAUUGCACAUUUGCCAAAGCAAUCUGACCAUAUUUCAAUGUUUCUCGACAACUCUCAAGAUAAGCAAGCAUUGUCAAAGAUUGCAAAGUUGGCUCCACAAGUAGAGAUGCAAGAGUACAUUGCCAUCCAUGGCAUUCAUAAAAAUAACAAGAAGCUUAACAAGCUAUUAGGUCAGUUAAAAGUGAGCAAACUUAAAAGACUCUACUUUGAUGCCCAUUAUUCAGGUUCAGUAUUGUUCAGCUUUUAUGCCAGAAAUAUUACUAGGUUUUUGCCUUUAGCUCCUGAGCUGAUCCAAAUCAAAUAUUUCAGGAUAUCACACAGAGACUUUGGCAGAGUCCUAAUAGCUUGUGGGAGCUCUCCAACAAUGCUGUUUCAAGAAUGCAGAAUCGUCAUCAAUGGGUUUGAUUAUCUGAAUAAUGUUCAGCCUUUAAUUGGGAAAAUCUCUUUGUAUAAAAACAUUAUCAUCCAGCCAGAAGAAGACAAUGAGUUCUUGGAUGGACUCAUCCAGAAGAUAGAAGAAUCAAGCCUAAACAAGUCCUUGAAGCAUGUAUCGAUUAUGACUCGGAAUCCAAUAAGAAGAGGUAAGAGAAUUCUGCCAAAGAAGGAGUACAAAAUUGGAAACUUCGAUGUCAGAAUUUGUUAAGCAAACUUUUAUGGUAAUUUCAAUUG